GGCAAAGAGUAUGGGCUGUGGAAGGGUUACUGACACACCCACAGUAUCCCAGCAGACGCAACGGACGAUACACUUACGACGAGUACGAGUCAUUGGGUGCUGAUAGUAGUAGCACAGUUCGGUACAAACCCAUACACGCGACCAGGGCAGAGAGUAUCGGCUGUUGGAAGGCCGCUGACGCACCUAUAGUAACCGAACAGACGCAACGAAUGAUCUACACUUACGAUGUGUGUGAGGGAUGA